CAAACGAGACCGCGUCGGGAUCAACGGAACUCGUCUGAAUACUGCCUUUGUGAUAGUAUCUCGCCAUCUCAGGAUCGCCGCGCUGCAAUUGCAAGCUGUGGGUGUGUGAAGAGCAGUCGUUCAAUAUCCCCAGCUCCAAACGGUCGAGAAAAGGACCAUGGAAUGCAAAUCUCCUUCUUUGAUUACUGGCUGGGGAUUAUGUUGGAUUGUGUUGGUGAAGAUCCCUGUCGCCGGCGCAGCAUGCAUGCUCGUACCUGCACAAUUUACCAGGAUUUGGGAACUCGGUUGCACGUAUCUCGCAUUCGAAGGCCAGUAGCCUUCUCGCCUUUUAAUUGUUCAUAUAUCCUGAUAAGCUCUCGUUCUCCGAUUCUGAAAUGCAUCCCAGCAACACGCUCCUGCCGUAGACGCCAUGCUUUUCAAUUCCUUCGCCUUGCUUGGACUGCUAGGCGCGAUCGCCCGAGCAGAAACCGAGGGUGUAUCGGAUGUGAACAGCUUCGUUCUCUCUAACAAUGGUGGCUGUAAAUGUGGACCGAGUGACCGAUGCUGGCCCGCCCCCCUCAUCUGGAAUGUCUUCAACUUGACCUUGGGUGGAAAGUUAAUCGCAGACACUCCUCCAGCUAUUUCUUGUUACGAUGGGCCCCAGAAAGACCUCGCGAAAUGCGCGAGCCUUCAGGCAGACCUCAAGAACUCGACUUACAUUGGCAACAGCCCUGUUGCUCCUGGAUUUCCGGUUAACGACCAAUGCCCACCCGUCAACUUUGCUGCUGGAGAGGUUGCUGGAACUUGCACCAUGGGAGGUCUGCCCAGGUACACCGUCGAUGCUACCAACCCGCUCCAAGUCUCUGCAGCAGUUGUCUUUGCGCACCUGUCCAACAUUCGAUUGGUGAUCCGUAACACGGGACAUGACAUACUCGGGAGAUCCAUUGGCGACGGCAGUUUGGCAGUGUGGAUCCACAACCUCCGACAGGGCAUCACCUUCCAAAAGACAUACACUGCAUCUGAUAAGUGCAGCAAGUCGGGCUGGAAGGGCAGCGCAAUCAAGAUCGGUGGUGGUUACGUGUGGGGCGAGGUCUAUGCCAUUGCGGAGGCCAAUAAUGUCAUCGUGGUCGGAGGAGGAGAUCCUUCCGUGGGAUGCAUCGGCGGUUAUGCGCAAGGCGGUGGACACUCUCCAGCCAAUCACAACUAUGGUUUAGCAGCAGACCAGAUUCUUGAAGCUCAAGUUGUGCUGGCGAGUGGUCUCAUUGUGACGGCAAACGCCUGUCAAAACACCGAUCUAUUCACUGCCAUCCGUGGUGGAGGAGGUGGCACCUAUGGUAUUGUCGUUUCCACUAUCGUGAAGGCGCACCCGACUACCAGAGUCUCGGCGCAGGUCUUCUCCAUGGCACCUCUAACGGACGCAAACAUCCCGGAUUUUAUGGACGCCCUUGCAAUCAUGUACUCCGCCUAUCCUGAUCUUGCUGACGCCGGCCUAAAUGGCUACGGUAGCUGGGCCGCUAACUCAUAUGCCCCUGUGAUCCCUAACCUUCCUUACACUACCGGGUAUUCGCACGCCCUUGCCAUCAUGGGCAAGUCUAUUACUGAUGCAAAGAAUGCAUUUGCAUCAACAGCUGCCAAGCUCUCGGUUUACAAUGGCACAUCGCUCUUCCUGUACUCCGACUAUUACACCUUCCCAACCUACGCACAGUACUACCGUACACUAUCUGGCGGCCUUGGACCAGUUGGAUCCGAAGCCGCUCUCGGCUCCCGCCUCCUGGACCGCAAAGCCCUCACCAACACCACAGGGUUGAAGAACAUGUUGAACACCGUCGCCGGAAACCCGGGACAGUUCCUCCAGAACAACUUCUGCCUCGUUUCCGGCGGCCAAGUCUUCAAAGACCGCGCUGAGCCGUUUUCCGGCGUCAACCCCGGAUGGAGGACAUCAUAUGUGCACAACAUCGUUGCAGGGGGUUGGUUUCCCGGUGCAGACGCGGCUACGAAGGCGGCAGUGCACAAGGACAUUACGGAAGUGAAGGUGGGAUCGAUGCGCGCUAUUGCACCGGAUACGGGCUGCUAUAUGAACGAGGCGGAUCGUCUUGAUCCGGACUAUUUGGUAAACUUCUAUGGUGGUGCGCUUCCUAAAUUGCAGGCUGCGAAGAGGAAGUAUGAUCCUACGGGCUUGUUUUACUGCCCGACUUGCGUGGGUAGUGACGCGUGGAAGGAGGAUUCACAGGGGAGGAUAUGCAAAGCCAACUAAGUUCCCACAUAUAGAGUUAGAGCGUCUGUAUAUAUAUUGUAUGUAUAUGGCCAUAUAAUAGAGUUAGAGAGCUGAAAGCUAGAAAACAAAUAUUAUAAUGUUGGCAGCAUGCAUAUGCUCAUUGAGUUGGUC